UUCGUUACCGUGUAGCUAACUACUUACUCAGUGUAACGUUAACGUAAGACGAGCUAACGUUACACUAACUUAACGUUGAGCUAAGUAGCCUCCGGUAGCUAACGGUGCCAGCAGCAGCAGCAGCAGCAGCAGCAGCAGCGUGUUAAAGACCCUGCACAGCUCUGUUUCCACUCACUGGCACUAACAAGACAGCCAUAGAUAAUUCAGACUUCGGGAUGCGAUUCCAACACUACAAUUUUACCUAAACAGGACAUUUUCUUUAUUAUUAUUUCCCUAAUUACACUCGCGUUUUUGCGGUAAGCUCCGCAACCUCAACAUAUCAGCGUUUAUUAAGCAGCUCAGCCAGGGCUGCCUCUUGAGGACAGUGGGGGCUCUCUGAUGAUCCCCACGUUCAUCCGAUGAACCCCCUCAACUCCAUGAAACCCUCCCUGCCUCCCACUCCACAAAGCAGCGACGGCCCCUUCCUAAAUGACCCAGUCUCCUGGCAACCAGGCACCAAUCAGCACCCAGGAUCUCUCUCUGUAGUAACCACAGUGUGGGGCGUGACCAAUCCCACACACAGCCAGGUGUUUGGUGCACCCAUGGGUCCGGGUGAGAGCUCUGGCGGUCACAUGAUGCCUGGUGGCAGCCCUGGUAUGGGUCCUGGCAUGGGCUCCCAGUUCAUGGGCCAGCAGUCGUACGGAGACGCUGUCUCUAAAGGCUACGGCCAGCCGGUCAUGUACGGACGUCCCAGUGCUGCGUACAACCCGGCCUCAGCCUACGGUGGAAGUUACUCUGGUAACAGUGGAGGUGCCGGGCUGGGCGUUCGUCCUCCCUCAGACUUUACUCACGCUGCCGCUGCCGCUGUUGCCGCUGCCACAGCAACUGCCACGGCUACGGCGACUGUUGCAGCAAUACAGGAGAAACAGAACCAGGAGCUGAACUAUGGCCAGAUGGGUGGAGCAUCCUCUUACAGCACCCAGUUCCUGUCUCAUUCGGGCCCCCGCGGCCCUCCAGGGAUGGUCUCUUCCAGGCCCGGACCUCCACCUUCCACCGGAGGCUUGUAUCCUGCUCACCCUGCCCAGACUCAGAAGAUGCCCCAGCACGGAGGGUAUCCAGGUGGACAGCAAGGGCUCAAACGGCCUUUUCAUUCAGAGGGUUUUCCAGUGCAGCAGUACGGCUCUGGUGGGAUGUCAGGAUACCCUAACCAGCCUCUGCAGUACCCAGCUGGUCCACAGCAGCGAUGUGCCCCCUCACCCUCUUACCCCUCCAGUCGGAUGCCCCUCAUGGGACAGUACACGUCUGGAUCACACAACCCAGCACAGUUCCCCCCUGGAGCCAGCCAGCCCAAUCCUCCGCAGUAUUAUAAGUCAGAGCCAUUCAAUGGUCAGGGCAACCUGCCAUCUGCAGGAGCAGGAGGAUACAAUGCCUUCACGCAGGCUGCAGUGAACGGGCCAGGUCGGGGUGGAGUGAUGCCCGGAUACCCAAGCUCACCGAUGGGAGGGAAUCCCACGCCUCCCAUGACACCUGGGUCGUCCAUACCUCCCUACCUGUCCCCAGGCCAGGACACAAAACCCCCCUACCUUCCACCGGACAUCAAACCCAACAUCAUCACCCAGCAGGCCCCUACAGGCAACCCCAGUGACGACCUGCGUCUGACUUUCCCGGUACGAGACGGCGUCGUGUUGGAGCCGUUCAGACUGGAGCACAACCUGGCCGUCAGUAACCACGCCUUCCAGCUGAGAGACUCUGUCUACAAAACGCUCAUGUUGAGGCCUGAUCUGGAGUUGCAGUUUAAGUGUUACCACCACGAGGACAGACAAAUGAACACUAACUGGCCUGCCUCUGUGCAAGUGAGUGUCAAUGCAACUCCUUUGUGCAUUGAAAGAGGGGACAACAAAACCUCCCACAAGCCCUUGUACCUAAAGCAAGUGUGUCAACCAGGACGUAACACCGUACAGAUCACAGUAACAGCCUGCUGUUGUUCCCACCUGUUUGUGUUGCAGCUGGUCCACCGGCCGUCUGUCAGGUCUGUCCUGCAGGGUUUGAUGAAGAAGAGACUCCUGCCGGCCGAGCACUGCAUCACGAAGAUAAAGAGAAAUUUCAGUAGCGGCACCAUCCCCGGGACCCCUGGUCUGAACGGAGAGGACGGCGUUGAGCAGACAGCAAUCAAAGUUUCUCUCAAAUGCCCGAUCACAUUCAGACGAAUCCAGCUGCCAGCCAGAGGUCAUGACUGCAGACACAUACAGUGUUUCGACCUGGAGUCCUAUUUGCAACUUAAUUGUGAAAGAGGGACCUGGAGAUGUCCUGUGUGCAAUAAAACUGCUUUGCUAGAGGGGCUGGAGGUGGACCAGUACAUGCUCGGGAUUCUUGUCUACAUCCAGAAUUCGGACUACGAGGAGAUCACCAUAGACCCAGUGUGUGGUUGGAGGCCAGUCCCCGUCAAACCAGACCUGCACAUAAAGGAGGAGCCCGAUGGUCCGGUCCUGAAACGCUGCCGAACAGUCAGCCCGAGUCACAUGGUCCUGCCUAAUGUGAUGGAAAUGAUCGCCGCUCUGGGCCCGGCGUCGUCCCCCUACCAGAGUCUGACAGCAGGAGGCAGGAACACCCCCGACUACAACAGGCCAGGGAGCCAGGGGUUCUCCAGCCAAACAGGAUUUACAGACUUCCCCAACACUCCUGGCACCCCGACACUCGGAGAGUACGCCUCCUCUGGACCACCACCUCCACUUCCCUAUCAGUCUGAGCAGACGCCUCAUUCUGGACGAAUCGAGCACGGCCAUAACAUCCUCCAGCAGCACAGUUCAGGUGUUCAUGGUAAUCAGAGUCUCGGUGACGCCGGCAGUCCACUGCCGCAGCGGAACGUUAAUACCCAGAAUUCCCGGCUGCAGAGCGAAGGCUCCUUCGCUCUGGGAGGCCCGGGAGCGCCUGGAGGAGAGGGAGCCGAUCACGCACUAGAUCUUCUUCCUGAGCUGACCAACCCGGACGAGCUGCUGUCCUACCUGGGUCCCCCCGACCUUCCCAACAACAGCAGCGAUGACCUGCUGUCUCUGUUCGAGAACAACUGACCACCUUCGCGUCGCCACACCGGUCCUCUUCCAGUCCAGCCUCUGCUUCUCUGUCUGCUGUAGCCCUCCCCUCAUUGGUUGAAGACAGCACAUCUCUGUUGACACCCACUUCUUGUGUGUGUGUGUGUGUGUGUGUGUGUGUGUGUGUGUGUGUGUGUGUGUGUAAAUGCGCGUGAGUGUACAUGAUUGUGUUUUUGUGUAUCUUUGUCUUGCUGUACUUUGAAAUUCCUUCAGAGCAGUACACAGGAAUAGGAGGGAACACUUCACGUGUGUAUUCUUCAUACUGUCAUGAGUAUGAAGAAUAUAACAGUACAAUAGGCACUGACUCUGCAGACCAGCAUUUUAAAAUAUAGCACAAAUCACAGGCUGAAGGAUUUAAAUAUACAGUAUUUAAUUUAUAGAUUUUAUUAGUUGAAGUGGAGGAUAAUGGAAGCUGGGAUGUGUGUAUGAGGCGUUAAUGGACACAUUAAUACAGUGGUUCCCAAACUUCUUUCUGUCGGGCCCCCUUUUACACACACACACCCACAAUAACAGACACACACUCGGCCAAUCAAAUCAAAGUCCUGGUAGAUUACUUUGUAACGCAAACGCUGUAUUUCUGCUGUUUACCUCGCGAUCGUCGUGCCGAAAUAUAAAAUGAUUUAUCGUUUCUUUUAACUUUCCGGAGUUAGUUAGAGCGCAGUGUUUUGCUUACUCAAACUUCAGACUUCCCGGAUCAUAUUUCAUGUUUCACCUGAAGCAGCACCCGGUGUCUUCGGUCUGAAUGCCCACUAAUGCAACAUGCCUUUUCUAAAGUGUUGCCUGGAACUAUUUGUCUCAUAUACAGCAGUAGUUCGCAUCCUGAAUUAACAUUAAAGCCAUGCGGAUGCACUGAUCCGAUCCGCCGCAUCUGUAUCUUAUUAAGCAGAAUCGAGUAUCAGCCAGACACGAUCAGUCGGCAUUUAAACAUUGGGUUUUCAUCGAUAGGAUUAUAAGAUUUUGUUUAUUCAGGUACAUUCAUUGACUCAGUUUUAAGUGCUGCAGCAGCUCCAAGUGAAGGGGUACUGAUUUCAAAUUUGGGUAGAAGCGCACGCUGGUCGGUAAUCAGCAGAGCAGCUCAUCAUAAUGUCACGACACAAGCAGAGGAGCGCAGACAGCUUCCCGGUUAAAUAAUCCCAGUUUGAUGAUCAGUUUCACCCAGCAGAGAACUGAACUGAGCCUCGUCAGAUUUUCUUGCCUUUGUGUUCUGUGAGAAGUUUGAGAACCACUGCGUUAAAGGUUAAGGCUCAACUCCCAUGAAAAAGCCAAAUAUCAACAACAUGUCAGUCCGUCUCUCAGUACUUUCUGACUUCCUGUCUGUGGCGCUCAGCUCCGAGCCCAAAGUGGGUCAAGAGUUUAUACUUUAUAAUUAAUACUUUUAGGAAAUUACUGAGCCUUUUUGUUUUGUUUUUUUCUUUCAAACAGCUGGUCACUGUAGUUUUUAUCAAACAGGAGAAAAUAGUGCGUUUGUUUGGGACUAUUUGUGCAACACUGAUGUGUUUUAAUAGUUUCUGGACAACAGUGGAGCUCUGUGGCUCAGAGGAGGAAGAUCCAUCAGACUGUGAGACACGCACACACAACACCUGUUAGCGCAUACGUUCAGUGUUGGUUUUGGGCUUUUCAUGGAUUUGUUGACAAGAAGUAAAAUGUAUAAUAUCAUCAGACUUAUCCUUUAAUACGUAACGAUGUAAGAUAAGGGCAGUUAGAAGCGGUCACAAUUUUGUUUCUCUUCACUGAUUCAGUCAGAUGAAAAAGAUGAGUAACCUCCUCACGUAAGGACAAACUGAAGGCCAGCCGGUGAAGGCGGGGCCCAGAUGUACAAUAGACAUUUUUUUUAAUACAUAAAGUCGGGAGAGUGCUGAGGGUUCAUUGUAUCUCCGACGUCCUUCGGCACUGUGAAAUAUAUAAAAACUCCCAUCUUUCCCUCUGUUGGUCUCACCCUCUUUCGGGGGGGUUUCAAGCAUACUGUAAAUGAGUACAGCUGUGUGUCAUGGCAUUUUCUGCCAUUUGAAAGCUAUUAGUAUGUUUUCGUUUGACAUGUAUUAACCCAUCAUGACACGGGUUUAUGUACUGUAUAAUCAGCUGUUUUCAUUAGAGAACGUGUGUGUAUCAAAUGAAUUGUUAAUCAUGGUAAUUUUAAUGUUAUUAGUUGGAUGACGGAUCAUUGUUGGCACUGUAUACAUACUGUAUGUUAGAAAAUUAUAAAGCAAUUGUAAAAAAAAAAAAAAAAAAAAAAAAAAAAAUCUGAGGUCAUACAAAUGCAGGUAUGACAGAAAACGGUCAGCUGACAUUGAGUAAUGCAGUUAAAGAUGCAGAAAUUAUUCUUAAUACCACUUUUUAAAGCUGACGGUUUUUUCUAUGAAUGAUUUUGCGACUGUACCCGCUGUGGUCCAACAUUGCCCAGACACGGCAACAAGAAAUAGUGUUCUUUGCCAAUUGAGCAACACAAUAAUGUUAUAUUUGGGGAAAUUAUGGACUAUUUAACUGCAAAUUUGCUAGAAAAACAAAAGUUUUUUAAUAUGUAAACUAUUCCACAUAUUUUGUAACACAUUGUAAUUGCCAUUAUUUUCUAUUUAUUUUUUAAUCAUAAUCAUCAUUGUACCUACAGUUACCUUGUCCCUUUCCUGAAUCGCAGAAUCAGAAUUAAAAAUCACUUUAUUUGACAAAAAGA